AUGCCACAAUCUCCUGCGCUGUGCUCGCCGGAGCCUACCACAGAUGCCGCACCAGCCAUUUUCGUGACCGUCGCUGUCCCCUGGCGCGGCGGCGCACACAUGCUCCCCAGACACCCAGCCACUCAUAAUGCACAAGCACAAAGCGGGUGGAAAGCCGUCCGUUAUGCGCCGCGCAAUCAUGGCAUCCCGGCCGGAAGACAUCUGCGGCCUUCAUUAGGCCGUUCCAACCCACGGCAGACAUGCCAGUCCACAGCCACUCUAACCCUGCAGACGGCAGACUUCUCUCUGCACUCUCUAGCAGGCCGCGUUGACGUCGGCGGACAGGCGUGCCGUGGACCUGCAGCGGGAGAAAGCCACUCUGCUGGCUCUGAAGCAGGGGCUCACGCUGCCGUCGGCAGCGGCCUUGGCGGACUGGAACGAGUCCAACAGCAACGUCUGCGGCUUCACCGGCAUCACCUGCGACUGGCGGCGGGAGCACGUUGUUGGGCUCUCUCUAACAACAUGGGCAUCACUGGCGCUAUUCCAUCAGUCAUUGGCGAGCUCUCGCACCUCCGGAGCCUCGACGUGUCCAACAACAACGUCUCUGGCCCGGUACCGACGUCCGUCGGCAACCUCACGCGUCUCGAGAGUCUCUUCAUGAACAACAACAAUAUCUAUGGCACCACGGCUUCCAUCUUCAGCAACCUGUUACCACUCCGGAGGCUCCGGAACCUCGACGUCUCCUACAAUCUUAUCAUCGGUGCCAUUCCGCUGGCCAUCGGCAGCCUUGGGCAGCUCCAAAGCCUCAACGUCUCCGACAACAUCUCUGGCACCAUCCCUCCGUCCAUCGGCAACCUGACUCUCCUUGAGUUCCUAUACAUGCAAGACAACUUCAUCUCUGGAGGCAUCCCUCUGGCCUUGAGCAACCUAACAAGCCUCAAGGUGAUUGAAAUGUCCGCCAACAAGCUGACGGGGCAGAUUCCAGCCGAGCUCUCCAACCUCCGGAACAUUGAAGCCAUUGACCUCGGCAGUAACCAACUCCACGGAGGAAUACCACCUUCCCUUUCCGAGCUGACGGACAUGAGCUAUCUCGGACUACGGCAAAACAACCUAUCCGUGACCAUUCCACCAGCUAUCUUUCUCAGCUGUACACAGUUGGGCCUCGUCGACGUCGGCAAUAAUAGUCUUUCUGGCGAGAUCCCCCGCGCCAUCUCGAGCACCAAGUGCCAGUUCGUCGUCAUCAACCUCUACUCCAACAAGCUCCAAGGGACGCUUCCACGGUGGAUCGCCAACUGCACUGAUCUGAUGACGCUAGAUGUGGAGAGCAACUUGCUGGACGACGAGCUGACUACGAGUAUCAUCUCGGGCAAGAAGAAGUUCAUUUUCUGGAGCCACGAUGACAACAGCAACUUGGAUCCAUUCUUCGUCGCGCUGUCAAACUGCACGAGCUUACAGGAGGUGGAAGCCGCCGCCGUGGGGAUGGGUGGGCAGCUGCCAAGUCGGCUGGGCUCGCUGCUCCUGAGAAACAUGUGGCACCUCAACCUGGUGUUGAACGCCAUUGACGGCCCGAUCCCGGCAUCUAUCGAGGAUAUGACCUGCAUGACGUUGCUGAACCUGUCGAGCAACUUGCUGAAUGGGACGAUCCCAAUGUCCCUCUGCCGUCUAGAGAGCCUAGAGCGGCUCGUGCUGUCCAACAAUGCCUUGACAGGCGAAAUUCCAGCGUGCAUUGGCAAUGCCACACACCUCGGCGUCCUCGACCUCGGCAAUAACCAUCUUUCUGGCGAGAUCCCCCGUGCCAUCUCGAUGAGCACCGAAGGCUGGUGGUUUCUCGUCCUCAACCUCUACUCCAACAAUCUGAGAGGGACGCUGCCACGGUGGCUUGCCAACUGCACCACUUUGAUGAUUCUAUAUGUGGAGAACAAUUUGUUGGACGACGAGCUGCCUACGAGCAUCAUCUCGGGCAUGAAGGGCUUGAUGUACCUGGAUUUGUCUGACAACCGUUUCCGAAGCCACGACGACAACAACCUGGAGCCAUUCUUCGCAGCACUGUCGAACUGCACGAGCUUACAGGAUGCACGGGGGACAUUGGACGAGUUGCCGAGCUGA